UCACAUACAUGGUGGACAUGGACGGCGGCCUGUCCGCUGUCGAGCAAAGAAGUGUUGGCUUGAAGUAAAGCAGGGAAGUGAUUUCCCACAGACCACUUACAGGCUGUUAAACAGCAUUAUUAUGUUAUAGGCGUGCAUACCAAGUGACUCUGAGAUCAAGAUGUCGGCACGCAAAACGGAUGGAUAUACGCCCUUGGACAUGACCGAUGACCCUCAGAUAAAUGGACAUCAUCGGUCAAGUGGCAAUGGCCAAACGACCUUCUUGGUCCCGCCUCCGGAGCAUCAGAUCACGCCCGUCAGUGGACUGGUGGACCCCCACAACAGAUGUUGCUCCAAUCGAUUUUGGUGUAUCAAAGAUUGUUGUGGUAUGGUGUGUGCCUUCUUUACUUGGUUGCUCAUCUUCUACGCUGAGUUUGUGGUGGUCAAAGUCAUUCUCUUACCGGAUUUGCUGAAUUCGGUGUAUGCCGUGGUCAAUUUAGCCAUAUUCCAAGCCUUGGCCACUUUGGCUGUGGCUUCGCAUAUCAGAACCAUGCUCAGUGAUCCCGGGGCGGUGCCUCGAGGGAAUGCGACCAAAGAGAAUAUCCAAAAAAUGGGCUAUCGCGAGGGCCAAGUGAUCUUCAAGUGUCCUAAGUGUUGUAGUAUCAAGCCUGACCGAGCUCAUCACUGCUCGGUUUGUCAGCGAUGCGUCCGAAAGAUGGACCAUCAUUGUCCGUGGGUGAACAAUUGUGUGGGCGAAGGAAACCAAAAGUUUUUUGUCCUCUUCACGCUUUAUAUAGCGCUCAUGUCAAUUCACGCCCUCUUCCUGGCUUUGAGUCAUUUUGUGUCUUGUCUGAGUACCGAUUGGCAUGGUUGUCCCACUUACAGUCCCCCGGCCACCAUCGUAUUCCUCCUGUUCCUGAUUUUUGAGGGGCUUCUUUUCUCAUUAUUCACGUCCAUCAUGUUUGGCACUCAAGUGUCGGCCAUUUGGUACGAUGAGACGGCAAUCGAGUCCCUCAAGAAAGAAGAGGCCCGCUGGGUUCGGCAAUUCCGGUGGAAGAGCAUUCAAUCAGUUUUUGGGCGCUUCUCCGUCCAUUGGUUCUCUCCGUUUUCUCAUGUAUCACCCCACGGGAAACUUCACAGCGAUUUACUCAUGGUUUGAUACGAUCAUUUGUGGACAUUCAAACUACCCUCCAAAAUCAGUAAUGAUCGGCCACUUACCAAGCCCCAUCCCCCAACAAAUAGCUCAUGUGAUAAAUAUAUAUAUAUAUUGAAGUUCUGUCAAGAAAUUGCGAAGAAUCUGGGCUAGAAAAAAUACACCGUCGGUUACUUUAUCUAAAAAUAAAGUAAUCGAUUUAAUGUAUGAAAUUACUGUCCCCCAGAUUCUUCAAGCCUUUAAUCUGCACCAGUUUAAAAACAAUUCUAUUAGCCUUAAUUGAAUGACUUUGAUACUCGUUCUGCAAUAUCUUUUAUAGACCUUUUUCCAAUCUUACGUUUUGAAUAAUUGAUUUGCCCUCUGGAAUGUGUUUGACCAUUAUUACUGGGGAUGUCGUCACUCCUGCCUUGAAGCGUUUAGACGAGGUCUACAAAUAACACACUUCAAAGGCCAGUUUUGCAAUCUUACCUCGACCAAAAUGAAUUCACAAAGCGGAUUAGAAUAAAUCAACUUUCACCUCAUCAUAUUCUUUCUAUAUUAACGAUGUUCUACCCUAAAUAUCACCUUCAGAAGAAAAGAGUUCAAACAAUUA